CGCUUUAAUAUCUCUUUCAACCUCUUCUAUUUCUUCUACCACUAAGCUCUCAGCUCCACUGCACUGUCAGCCGAAAAUAUCCUUAGCAUUAAAUUGAAACACCCUUUUCAAAUGGCUUUCCAGGCUGCUUCUUUGGUUGCCUCUGCUUUCUACAUCCCCAAAGAGGGAAAGUCUACUGCAUCUUUCAAGGACUCAAGCCUUUUUGGAGUUUCACUUUCAGACCAUGCCAGAUCUGACUUCGGCUGUUCUGCGUUGAGAUGCAAGAGGGAAUUCAACCAAAGAAUAGGCGCCAUAAGAGCUCAAACAUCAGCUACCGCCACUCCAGCAGUCAAUGUAGCUGCUCCACAAGGGAAGAAAACUCUAAGAAAAGGCAGUGUUGUCAUCACUGGCGCCUCCUCUGGAUUGGGUCUUGCCACAGCUAAGGCACUAGCUGAAACCGGGAAAUGGCAUGUAAUUAUGGCCUGCAGGGACUUCCUCAAGGCUGAAAGAGCUGCUAAAUCAGCUGGCAUAGCUAAGGAAAACUACACAAUUAUGCAUUUGGAUCUUGCUUCGCUUGAUAGUGUCCGCCAAUUUGUUGAUAACUUCAGGCGAUCAGGCCGGCCUCUUGAUGUGCUGGUUUGCAAUGCUGCUGUUUACCAGCCAACUGCUAAAGAGCCUUCAUUUACUGCUGAAGGGUUUGAGCUUAGCGUUGGAACUAACCAUCUUGGUCACUUCCUCCUUUCACGGUUGUUGCUUGAUGACAUGAAGCAAUCCGAUUACCCAUCAAAGCGCCUAAUCAUUGUUGGCUCAAUUACAGGAAAUACAAACACCUUAGCUGGCAAUGUACCUCCUAAGGCCAACCUUGGGGAUUUGCGGGGGCUUGCCGGGGGUUUAAAUGGGCUUAACUCCUCAUCCAUGAUUGAUGGUGGAGAAUUUGAUGGUGCCAAGGCCUACAAAGACAGCAAAGUCUGCAACAUGCUCACAAUGCAAGAGUUCCAUAGGCGGUUCCAUGAGGAAACCGGAAUAACAUUUGCUUCCCUUUACCCUGGUUGCAUUGCCACAACAGGCUUGUUCAGGGAGCACAUUCCCUUGUUCAGGUUUCUCUUCCCUCCAUUCCAGAAGUACAUCACCAAGGGCUUUGUAUCUGAAGAUGAAGCUGGAAAAAGGCUUGCACAGGUUGUGAGCGAUCCAAGUUUGACAAAAUCCGGUGUUUACUGGAGCUGGAACAAGAACUCAGCUUCAUUUGAGAAUCAGUUGUCUCAAGAAGCUAGUGACGAAGAGAAGGCACGUAAAGUGUGGGAGAUCACUGAGAAACUUGUUGGUUUGGCUUAAAUAAGAACUUGGGUUCUGUUUUACUGAUCUGUGCCAUGGGAGAGAAUGAUGAACUUUCAGGUCUAUUGUGUUCUACGGAAUUUGGAUUUUUGUAAGCAGUUUUUUCCCUUCAGAUGUAGAUGACUUGUGAUUUAAAAACCAGAAUAAAAUUGCUCACCCUUGUUGCCGUAUGCAAGGUUA